CAACUGAUAAAUCACUAAAGUCUUUUACAUACAAAAAACCAGUCUUUAUUAUGAACUCCGGAUAGACCUCGUAUAAUAGUACCUGUCAAAAUAUUAUGAUCUUGGAUCUUAAAAAUAUACUUCUUUAAUCAUGCCAAAUUGGAAUGAGCUUCCACUGGAGGUGUUGAUCAAAAUUUUUGACAUUACAGUAGACUCAUAUUCAAUGAAGGCGGAAAGGUUGGAAGAAUAUCUACUUAUUUCGAGACGUUGGUCAAUUGCGAGCCAAAGCGCUGUCUACAAAAACGUGAGGUUAAGAAUGGACCAUUUCGACGCAUUUGUUGAAAGCAUGAUUAGUUCCAACAAUGGUCGUUUUGUCAAGACUUUCACGUGGAUGGAUACACCCGAUUACGAUAUACUAGAAGCCAACUUGGAUCGACUCCUAGAAGCAUGUCCAAAUGUUACCGAUUUAGGAAUAGGAAAAAGGGAAAUUGUAAACGGGUCGAUUUUUACCAAGCUGUUGUUAGUGCAUUGUGCGAGUAGAAACGGAUUAGCUCUAAAGAAGAUCCCGGGUCUUUGUGAUAGAACUGACAAUGGUGUACGAGCAUACAGAAAACUGGCUUAUGAAUUAAGAAAAACGUUGCAAUAUCUUCAGGUGUAUGAUUGGCCUAUGGUUAUAGGUGAAGGUGCUAUGGAUGAGACAGCAAAUACUUUAGCUGAAUAUGGAAACCUCCACACCAUUAAUUUCAAUUUCAAAGAUCAUGACAAUAUCUGCCAAGUCGGCGCAAUGAUCCAAAAUUGCCCAAAAAUUCGACAUUUACGGAUCAGUCCAGACGAAGUGACCUCAAAUAUGCAAGCGGGAACUACCAUGCCGAUCGAACCUUCCACCAUACACCCUCUUCCCAACAUCCAUAAGUUAUGUAUAGUUAAUGCAAAUGUAGCUAUUGGUAGGAGAUUUUUGGAAUAUGUUAUGCGCGCAUUCCCCAAAUUACGCGAUUUAAUUGUAGCUAUAAGUCAUCCAUGGCCUGAAUGUGAGAUGAUUAUACCUGUUGAUGCUAUACCUUAUUUACAACAAAGAGGUCAACAGGUCUCUGUGGAGCUUUGGAUUAAGUUCUUCAAUUACCUGAAUUUACCAAUGAGGUGCAGUGUAUCCAGCAUGUUUAUCAAGGAUUAUUUGGAUGUCUUUGCUCAUUUUCCUACUUUCUGUGACAGCCUGGAAAUCAUAUAUGGUCUUGAUCAAGGGGUGCCAAUUGAACCUUACAUCAGCGUUUUCAACUAUUCCGAUGGACCACAAAUUCUUAAAGAAAGCAACGCAGAAUACUACCACUCGCGCCGUACUGUAUUCUAUCUUGCUCCCAACGUGGAUAGAGCCAAUGUAGAUUUUAAAGCGAUUGUCAAAAUUUUUGAAAUGGACUUAAGGGCAUUGCAUAUUCAAAUGGAUGAUACUUUUGGGUAUAUGCUCCAAAAAGAGAUGCUAUGUUAUGCUUUGGAAAACUGUCCAGAAUUGAAUACAUUGUGGAUAACGAGGGGACACUUUGAUGAUGUUGACUCUGACCCUUUUAUGCCAUACAAUUAUUUAGAUUGUUUACGCUUUAAAGAUUGCAUAUUUCGAAAUGACUUUCUCUGCAAACUUUCUAGUCGAUUGUCUUAUACAAUAGACAUUCUGGUUUUUAAUGACUGCUUCUUGAUGGAAGAAUGGCCUUCAUCGUUUGUGACGAUUGAUAUGCCUUACACAUCGUUUGGCUGUCUGGUUUGGAAAGACUCUGUUACGGAGAACCAUGGGGAAAUAGUGUUCCUCAAGAUCACCAAAAACAAGGGUAUAUGUUCAUAUUAUAAAGUGUCUCCUGAACACGAUAUGACUGUAUCUUCGUCUGUGGAUUUUGAUGAAGCCAAAGAAAAUGAUACGGUCUUCAACAUGCACAUCCGAUGCUUCGAUAUUAAGGAAAUAAUGAUGAGCACGCUCAGUAGUGAUUUUGUACUUCAUUUUACAGAUCCAGUCAAGUUCGGUUGUACAGACAUUUAUUUACACGAACACGGCGAGAUAUAUAACGCGCUAUAA